CCGGAUUUGACUACCGGACUACAACUCCCAUGAUGCCCUGUGGCGAGCCUCCGUCGGUCGUUGAGAGACUCACUCCGGUGUUCUGUGUGGCUCCGCUGUCAGACGCUCAAAACUGCUUUUUAUUCCCGCUUCACGUCGUUUUGUGAGGUUCCCAGCUGUGCUGACAGCAGGGAGGCAGGGCCCCAUGGAGCGCAUCACUGGAGGAGGGCUGUUCCCACUGGCUUUGGCAGGUGCAGGGGUCCUGUUGCUCUACCGGAUGCUGGUCCGCCUCAGACCUGGGGCUUCUCUGCAGGAUGCUGUUGUGGUCAUAACGGGGGCCAGUUCUGGACUGGGGAAAGAGUGUGCUCGGGUCUUCCAUGCUGCAGGUGCACGCCUCGUGCUAUGUGGACGAGAUGCAUCCCGUUUGCAGCAGGUGGUGCAGGAGCUCACAGCCAGUUCAGCAGAAACGCACAACCAGACACACAUUCCAAGGACUGUUGUAUUCGACCUGGCUGCAACAGACACGAUGGACCGAGCUGCAGAGCAGAUCCUGAAAUGCUAUGGACAAGUAGAUGUGCUCAUCAAUAAUGCUGGGAUCAGUUACCGUGGCAACAUAUUGGAUACCAACAUUUCUGUGCAAAGAGAUGUUAUGGAAACCAAUUACUUUGGACCCAUUGCUCUAACCCAAGCUGUCCUGCCCUCCAUGGUUUGCCGCAGAAGUGGACACAUCGUUGUGAUCAGCAGCGUCCAGGGAAAGAUCGCUAUUCCUUAUAGAUCAGCUUAUGCAGCAUCCAAGCACGCCACCCAGGCCUACUUCGACUGUUUAAGGGCAGAGAUCGAACGCUUUGGGAUUCCAGUCACUGUGAUCAGUCCUGGCUACAUCCGAACCAAUCUGUCAGUCAAUGCUGUCACAGGAGACGGCUCCAAGUAUGGAAUUUUGGAUAAAACCACAGCUACGGGUUGGGAUCCCAGGGAUGUGGCUCACGCAGUUCUGAAGGCAGUCCGUCACAGGAGCAAGGAUGUGGUUCUGGCCGGCUCUCUGCCCUCGCUGGCCAUUUACCUCCGCACACUGUGGCCUGCACUCUUCUUUAAACUCAUGGCCUCUCGCGCACGCAAGGAGCAGAAGCUGAAAAACAAAUGAGAGAUGAUGCUGCUGCAGCUGGUGGAACGCAGCAGUUUAGAAACGCCGACUUACUGGUUUACCUGAAGCUCGGACGGAUUCUGUCGAGCAUCCUCCUGUUCACUAACGAUGCUUUUGUUACAUCAGAAAGAAAGUAAAAACACAUGGUUUUUGUAAAAUUCAACACAAGGUGCAUGUUUAUCACUCUGAGCUUAGUAAUUGGACUGUGUUGUGCAGCUGUUGAGUCAGUGCUCAAAAUUUCUAUUGUAGCUUAGAGCAGUCUGUCAAAUGCAAUUAAAAUGCAUUUGCAGUGCCGUAACAGUGUGCAAACAUCUACACAAACCUGGAGGAGUUGGCAGAAGAUCAACAGUUGCAUUUACGGUGAAAUACAGUUCAAACCAUUUUUCAGUAAAGUCUUGUUUGUGGUGCGGCACCUGAUGUUUCUGGGUCACCUACAGCUUGGCGUUUACAGAACAGCACCCUGAAAAUGAUUGUCACAAAUGAAGAGUUAUGAACUCAGAGGAAGGAAACACACAUCUCUGUCCAGAGAAAUGCUUUAAUUUCCUGUUCAUGUCAAACAGUUUGCAGCGUUUCCUACUUUCUAUUUAUAGUGUGUUGUUGUUGGAUGGUUUUACAGAGGAGUUUGUUUUUUUAGAGAAUCAAUGACUACUAAAAACUGACUAAGUAGAAUCUGUUAGAUUUUAACUCAAAGCCAACACCUUCCUGUAGAAACGCAAUGAUUACAGGAAACAGUGUGAUUUUAUCGCUCUUUAUACACAGAAUAGAAACACCUCUUACAAACUGAACUCCUUAAACAACAGGUUUUUCCUUUUUUAGAUGUCACCUUAAUAUUAAGUUAAACAGAAAACACAUUCAGAAAUGUUAUGAAUAAAUAGUCCAAAUAACAAUUUACAUUAUGUUACAAAAGCGCAGUAAAUACUGGAAUUGACAUUUGUACAAAUAAAUCCUUCAACAGGAGAAAAAUAAAACCAGCCAGAUUCAAUGACAAAA